GUCAGACUUCAAAUGUAUCUGAAAGGGGAAAAAACAUGAUUCCUAUAUUUCCCUAACCCUACCCUAGUGUCUCUUUUCUUGCAUCCAUCGAAGAACACCGACCUUCAUCCUUGGCUCUUGCCCCUGCAUCUCGGACGUCACAGAUGACCACCGCCUCUGUCUCACAGACGACCGUCGCAGGUGUUGCACAACACACCGCCGUCGCACAUCACUCCCGGUAUCAUUUUUGCCUGCACAGAAACGAUGAACUUCCCUCCUCAGCCCUCCUCAAAUCGCCGACGCCUCCAGACCUCCGUCCUAGUUCCACUCUGUCAUUAUCGCCACUCCGUUUUUAUGUUGCUCGAUCUUAUGGUGUUCCGCUGAAAAUUUGAUAUGAUACAAAUAUACAGUUAUCAAGAGUGAUUUUGGGACAAUUUUAUUAAGAUACAUGUGAAGUACAUUGAGUUCAUGCUUUGAUUCAAAAUCUGAUUCAAAAGGUCUAAUAAGGAAACAGAUUUGCUGAUUAGUAGGAGAAUGUGUGGAUUGGGCGGUCAAAGAUUGAUAACAAACCAAAAUUUUCGUUUUAUAGUAUCGUAUUUGAUUUGAAUGGAAUUUGAAUUUGAGUUUGAUUGUAUUUGAAUUUGAAUGUAUUGACUUUUGACUUAGACUUCCGUUAAUAAUGCUUUGGGCGGGAAUUAGUUUCUGAGAAAAGAGGUGGAAAUGACACGUGGAUUGUUAUGGGUUAUUAGAGGGACAUGUGGCACCUUAGAGAGGUUUGGUUUUUAUUAGGAAGAGAGAUUUCGACAAGAUGAUUAUGUCUGAGAUAAUCUACUAAAGC